ACAGGAACUCAUGUCGCCGCAUGGGCUGUCGCGAGGUCUCGACCACUCACAAACUGACUCCACACUGACAGAAAAGAGGAAGCAUUCCAGAAUGUGUUGUAUAUAUUCCGUAGUGUACAUAAGCUAGAUGACGGGAAUUGCGAAGCCUGUGCGUCUUGAUUCGAGCGGCGCUAGCGUCCUUGUGGGACCAGACGAUUUCAGUGCUUUGACUUGAGAACAUUUUACCCAAACUACGACAAGCAACGAGCUGGCCAGCUUUGCUGCCUCAGAAAGCACCCAGUAUGUCCAAUAACGGCGGCUGUUAUAGAGGAUCGUCCUCCUUGAAUGCGAACCAACGCAAAGCUGUGAUCUGACGUGUGCGUCGCGAACUGUGUCUGCUACUGGGUUGCCGCCAGAGGCGUGGACAUGGGGGCGCCGAAGGCCCCCCGACGUUGUUUGUCCAUGUUUGUUUCACUACUAGUUUUGUCUUGCGAGUUUCAUGAGGAACGAUGAUUGUAUCUUCGGCCUCGUUAGUGUUUCAUAUGUUGUCACGACACGCGUUGUAGCGCUUGCUGUGUAAGCAUACUCGAUAAUCUCAAGCGUUCUGGUAAACUGGCACGCGCGUCACCACGAACGCGCUAACAUGUCCAGAACCAGAUUCAGUGUUUGAUCUUCUUUGUGUUGAACGUGGCGUCGCUGAAUUUUAGUUGUGUCGCGCCCUUCCCGUGCGACGUCGACUGUACGGCACGAUCUCAGUGGACGUUUGUGUCGUUCAAAUACCCCUGCGGGAAACUCUGUUGCUAGGUUGUAAGAGCGAAACAUAUUCCUGCCGCGACGUUACCCUUGGCACCCUGAACGGAAAGAUGUGGCGCAUCUGGAGAUGCCGGCUGUCCUUUCUGUUUGCGACCGGCUGCCUGCUGGGCGCUCUGACCGCCGGUCUAGGCAGUCAGAUGCGGACUCGGUCGGUCGAAAUGUGCAGGCGCCAGCUGGCUUAGCAGACGCUUCACAGGAAGCAGGGGACGUCGUCGAGGAACGGACAGAGAGGACCGAACAGCAAGUAUUCGCCCCAGGUCCACCGCGUCGACACUCCUCGGAAUCGUUUUUUCCACGGAACGCCUCAGUGACGGCCAGGAGGAGGCGGAACAGACGCAUCGCCCUCAUAGCCACUGCAGUUGGCGUUGCCGUGAUCUUGGCUGCGCUCUAUGUAUUAAGGCGGCGCCGGGCACAGCCACCACAGGAGCCGGAACCACCCACGCGACUCCGUACGCCGCGUUCCAGGGCUCCUUCCGGGCAACAGCAGCCUUCUGAGUCAGAGCCGCCCGCGGGAGUUCCGAUGAAGCCUGGUUCCCUUACACUUCGAUUCACUUGCUUGCGUGACACGAAAGUAACGUUCUUUGGACCGUCGGGCCGCCAACAUGGCUUCACCGCGCUCUACGAUCCAUCCCCCAGUAAACGCGUUGCAACAGUGGACGCUGGAGCAAACGGCUUGUUCAUCGGUGGAGGUGGAAUGAACGGGCAGUUCGCGAAGACGCUCCUUGAAGAGGCAGAAAAAAACGGCAUCCGGCUGACAUCCGUAGCACUCUCCGAGCACAGCCAACGCAUCCAGCAAAGCCUGCUUCGCCGUGCCGUGAAAAGCCCGGGGAAACUGGUGGAGUUAGACACCGGGGUCGCUUCUCCAGUGUUCGCAAGGUCGUUCGGCUUCGUUCCCGUUGUUCCCGGAUUGAUGUGGAAAGAGUCCAAAGUCGGGGCGAACGUUGGGGUAACCUUUAUUCACAUUCUAAAGCCGGAAGUUACUCCGUACGGCAACCUGAACAACAACGUCAUGAUGUACACCGUGGCCCCUUGUGGCGCUGCGCCGGACACGACGUAUUCACUGGCUUGUGAGUCCGAGUGAUCGGCUGUAAAAAACCGAUGUUUCAGGUGUAUUUCUGCCUCCAUGACACGUCAGUUAGGCACAAUUUAUCGUAGUUCAUUUUCGGUAUGGGCAAUUGUGACCUCACAUGCAUACACACUAUUUUACGAGCUUGCUCACUACACUGCGUUGUGUCUCGGGAAGGCUCUGUGGAAGCAUUCACAUGACGAAAGUGGCAUGUGAAAAAGCAUCCUACAAAACGGGGGAAAACGUCG